ACGACGUGCAGAGCGCAUGUUUUGGAUAUCUCAUUUCAAGGUCACACUUAGGGGUCAAAGGUCAUAUGAGUGUGUUUCGUGUCUGCUCUGUAACUCUUGAACUGCUUAAAGGAUUUCAAAGAAACUUGGCACAAAUGUUCACCACACUGAGACAAUGUGCAGAGCACUUGUUUCGGAUGACUAGCUUCAAGGUCAAGGUCACACUUAGGAGUGAAAGGUCAUAUAUGACUUUGCUGUGUCCGCUCUGUAUCUCUUGAACUGCUUGAAGGAUUUCAAAGAAACUUGGCACAAAUGUUCACCACACUGAGGCGACAUGCAGAGCACAUGUUUUGGAUGACUGGCUCAAGGUCAAGGUCACACUUAGGGGCCAAAGGAAUUGAACAGAAAUGGCAACAAUACCACAUUCGGCAUUGCAGAAACUGCCGGACUUCACUGACUCCAAUGAUUUAGCUUCUGAACAGGUUGGUGGUAAAGUUGUGUUUGCUACAGAUGAUUGGUUUGCUCCAGCAGAAAACCUCAUCAAGGAAGAAGCUGCUGUAUUUAAGGAAGGGGAGAUAACUGAGUAUGGCAUGUGGAUGGAUGGCUGGGAAACACGAAGGAAAAGGACUGAAGGACAUGACUGGUGCAUUAUACAACUAGGUGUUCCUGGUGUUAUAUCUGGUAUAGAUGUUGAUACCUCAUACUUCACCGGGAAUUAUGCACCCAGAAGUUCAGUCCAGGCAGCAAACUUAACUAAAUCUUUCUCAAAGCGAGGAGGAGAGAGAAUAGGGCUGGCUGCUACACAAGAAGAUUAUCAGAUGGUUGACCAGUUGCAAUCUGAGAGCUGGGAAUACAUUGUAUCACUAACCCAACUACAACCAGGCUUCCAGACUUCAUGCCACAACUACUUUGAAUGUACAAAGAAGAAAAAGUUCACUCAUAUACGACUGAAUAUUUAUCCAGAUGGUGGUGUAGCAAGACUCAGGGUAUAUGGACAAGCUGCACCAAACUGGAAUAAAGUUUCAGAAAAAGAGUUAGUGGACCUGGCAUCAAUGAGGAGCGGUUGUGUGUGUGUAGGCUUCAGUACAACCAAUAGAGGACAUCCCAAGAAUCUCAUCAAACCUGGGAGAGGAGAAUCCAUCAAAGAUGGCUGGGAAAUUAUACCCAAGGCAACAAGACCAACUAUAGUUCAGGAGUACAGACACACUGGCAAGUUAUGUCCAUCUGGAUCAGAAUGGUGUACAUUUCAACUUGGACAUUCUGGAAUAGUUCAGAUGGUUGAAGUUGACACUAAUCAUUACAAGGGGAAUUUUCCAUAUACUUGUAAAGUAGAAGGGUGUCUAGUUGAUGACAGAGUCUUUCCAGGAUCUUCUCUUCCACUGGAUACAGCAUGGAAAACUCUGUUACCAGAAACUAAGUUAAAGGGACACAACCAGAUGUUUGUGGAUGUGGCAAAACUUAGUAAUGUAGCAGUUAUUUCCCAUGUGAGAUUGACAGUUUCCCCUGAUGGUGGCGUUAGUAGAUUCAGAAUAUGGGGACGUAAAGCUCAGUCAGCUUCAUCAAAGUUGUGAUAUAGAGUAUUAGUUAGAAAGUUUUUAAUAUCUCUAUUCAGUUGGAGCAAUAUUCUCAGAUACCGUAUUUACUGGUGUAGGUUUUGUUAACCCUUACCUUUACCCUGCUAAAUUUCUAAAAUGGACUGUUCUAACAUUCAGUUUGGGCAGUACCUCUUAUUAUUUGAAGGGGUGUUCACUGAAAAUUUACGGACUAAAUA